UAAAAGGUGCCAGCCGCGUCUCCAGGGGGCAGAGGAGCAGAGGGAGCCUGACAGGUGUGAAUAGCCACAUGGUUGCCAUUUUACCCUGCCCGGCUUCUCCUUCUGAUCCUUGCCUACAGGUUAUCCUUGACUUACAACCGUUCGUUUAGUGACCGUUCUAAGGACCAUUUUCCAGACUUUUCACCAGCGGAGGCGAUUAACGGGGUCUGUCCAUUCCCAGGUCUGGAUUCGGGAGGAUGAGGACUCUUUGGAUAGUGGCCGUGUUGCUGGUGGGCGUCGAGGGGGGCCUGUGGCAAUUCGAGAAUAUGAUCAUGAAAGUGGCGAAGAAAAGCGGUAUACUUUCGUACAGUGCUUACGGAUGCUACUGCGGCUGGGGGGGCCGAGGCACGCCAAAGGACGCCACCGACCGCUGCUGUUUUGUGCACGACUGCUGUUACGGAAAAGUGACCGGCUGCAACCCCAAACUGGGCAAGUACACCUACAGCUCAGAGAACGGGGAUAUCAUCUGCGGAGGGGACGGCCCGUGCAAGGAGGUUUGUGAGUGCGACAGGGCCGCAGCAAUUUGCUUCCGAGACAAUCUGGACACAUACGACAGAAAAACAUAUUGGAAGUACCCGGCCUCUAACUGCCAGGAGGAUUCAGAGCCAUGCUAAGUCUCUGCAGGCCAGGAAAAACCCCUCAAAUUACACAAUCGUAGUUGUGUAACUCUAUUUUUUUGAAUGCAAUACUGAGUAAUAAACAGGUGCCAGCUUUGCACUCAA